UGCAUCCAACAAUUCAAGUGUCUGACCAGAAAGAAAAAAAAACCAACAAUUCAGGUGAAGAUGGCACCAGCACUUGUGGAUUACACCACCGCUGAAAAAGAAUUGUACGAGUUUGACGACCUCAAAAUCGGUAUCAAAGGCCUCGUAGACGCUGGGGUGACUCACAUUCCCAAGUUCUUCAUCCACCCACCGGAGUGUCGUGCAAACAACUCAUCAACUCGGCAGAACAACGGCUAUGAUGGAGUUGAAAUCCCGGUCAUCGAUCUCGAAGGUUUUAACGAGAACGAUGACCGGCGAGUAAAGAUGGUCAGUGCCAUUAGAUAUGCAUGUGCGACGUGGGGGUUCUUUCAGAUAGUUAACCAUGGAGUCCCACUUGCUAUAAUGGAGGACAUGAUGGAAAGCAUAAGAAGGUUCCAUGAGCAGCCCCAGGAGGCCAAGAUGGAGUGGUACUCACGUGACUUUAGUCGCAAGGUGAAUUAUUAUAGCAGUGGAGAUAUCAAAGGGCGUGCAAAACCAGUACAAGCUGAAUGGAGGGACACGUUGUCCUGCAGAGCUGCAGAUGAUCAGUGGGAUUUUGAUGCACUUCCUGAACUGUGCAGGCGCGAAAUGAAGGAGCAUAUGAAAAACAUGAUUGACCUGCAGGAAAAGCUAUCCGAAUUAAUGUCAGAAGCGUUGGGGCUCAGUAAGGAUCACCUAUCGAGCAACGGGUACUUGAAGUCUAUCAGGUUAUCGGGUCACUAUUAUCCGGCUUGCCCUGAGCCCGAUUUGACUCUAGGCACAAUCAAACACUCGGACCCCUCCCUCCUCACCUUAGUCCUACAAGACAAGAGCAAUGGCCUCCAAGUUCUCCAUAAUGAUCAAUGGGUUGAUGUUCCGGCGGUGGACGGAGCUUUUGUUGCGAACAUCGGUGACUUUAUGCAGUUGCUUAGUAAUGACAAGUUCAAGAGCGUGGAGCACAGAGUACUGGCUACCUCGCUUGGCAAGCCAAGAAUAUCAGCUGCAACUUUUUUCCUUCCUUGUGCUAAGGACAUACAUAAGCCAUGCGGACCAAUCAAGGAGCUUUUGUCUGAUAACAGUCCCCCCAUAUACAGGAUCACUUCUUAUGCUGAGUUUAUGAGCCAUUACAGAGUUGUUGGGCAAAUUGGCGGUCGUGCCCUGCCUCACUUUAAACUGUAGCUGGUGAGCCUAGCUAAAUCCUAAGCAUGGGUCCGAUUAUGAUACGUUCAUGUAUACAGUAUUAUAAAAUAAAAAUAUCAUAUUUUUUGGGUCAUUUUGGCACAUUAAGUGGUAUAUUUAGCUCAUUGAGUGGUGUAAUACCACUUAAAAGGGUCAAAUGUACUACGAAAUAGUCAUGGAACUUCAUCGGGUUUCAUGAAAACGUGAAGAGAAGCACUGUUGAAAGCGAUAUCAUCGUUGGGAUGAUCGACUCUGGAGUUUGGCCGGAAUCUGCCAGCUUCAGUGAUGCCGGGUUCGGUCCACCACCCAAAAAAUGGAAAGGCACAUGCCAAGGCUCAUCCAAUUUUACUUGCAACAACUGAACCUGACAUCACUGAAGCUGGCAGAUUCCGGCCAAACUCCAGAGUCGAUCAUCCCAAUGUUGAUAUCGCUUUCAACAGUGCUUCUCUUUACUUGUGAGUGUGAAUGUACCAAAAAGAAUCGUAGCUCUUCAAGUUUAUGUUCAAAAGUACUAUUUCUGUAAUUGUAAUAAUAAUUAAUGCAGUGCAUCUGUAUUAAAGAUAUUUGAAUCGUGUAUGGACAUGUUUAUUGUUUGCAGUUCCCAAGUGACCGCAGUGCUUGUAUGUUUUUAUGAUUCAAUAAUAAUAAAAUUAAUACUUGUUUAUUGGGGGUUGGAGAA